AUGGAGAGAGAGAGCACUUUCUCACUCACAUUUCCUCUUCUUGUCUUCUUUGUCAUCCUGCACUCUUGCUGGUUUUAUCAAGUCGUUGGUAAUGGUACUCCAGCAACUACCCCGAUCAACAGGGAAACACUCGAAAUCGUUAUAGGGGUUGGCAGUCCUCCCUAUUCCCCUGCCUACCGUCCUGACAAUGGAGAAUGCCAACAUUGCCCACAGCCCCCUCCCCCUCCCCCUCCAAAGCCCGCAUAUCCUCCAAUGCAUCCCCCCAAGGCCAAGUGUCCUUCCCCGCCACCACCUCCGCCACCGCCCCCGCCUCCCUGUCCACCACCACCCCCUCCGCCUCCCUGUCCACCUCCGCCGCCACCCCCACCUCCACCACCUCCUCCCUGUCCACCACCACCCCCUCCGCCCUGUCCACCUCCGCCCCCACCCCCACCUCCACCCUGUCCACCCCCGCCGCCACCGCCCCCUCCUCCCUGUCCACCACCACCACCCCCACCUCCGUCACCACCACCCCCACCCCCACCCCCACCUCCACCACCGCCACCGCCACCUCCAUUUACUCUUUCCAAGGAACUAAAAAUGGCCAUCCAAGUAAUCCGAAGGUUCAAAAGGAGAAUAAAGUACGACCCUUUUGGCGUCACCAAAACCUGGACGGGCAACCGCAUCUGUUACGACAAAUCCAAAUACAAAGGCUUCGUAUGCGACAGAAGCACCAAAGAUAACAAGUUUAGAGUCGUUGGCGUCAAUUUCAAUGGCUUCAACUUUAACGGCGGACCUGGCUGUCCACUCGUUGCAACAGACUUCGUUGAAGAUCUCAAGGACCUGGUAAUCUUCCACGUCAACUCCAACAACUUCACAGGUGACAUUCCCUUUGGAAUAUCCAAACUUCCAAACUUCUUCGAGUUCGACCUGAGCAACAACAAGCUCGUAGGAGCUUUCCCCGCAGCAGCCCUAGGGGCAACCAACUUGACAUACCUGGACGUCAGGUUCAACCAGUUAACAGGGACAAUCCCGCCUCAAGCCUUCACACUAGACCUGGACGUACUCUUCCUCAACAACAACGCAUUCUCUGGAAACAUCCCCGACAAUCUUGGCCAAACCCCUGUACUCUAUCUCACCUUUGCAAACAACGAAUUAACCGGCCCAAUCCCCAGGAGCAUUGGCCAAACUUCCAGAAAUCUCCUCGAGGUUCUUUUCUUAAACAACAGUCUCUCCGGUUGCCUACCGUAUGAGAUUGGGUUUCUGAAUAAAACACAUAUUGUGGAUGUCAGCAUAAACCAAUUGACAGGUCCCAUUCCACAAUCAUUCGGAUGCUUGAAAGAUAUUCAGCAGCUGAACUUGUCGUACAACCAAUUCUACGGGGCGGUUCCAGAGAGCUUGUGCAUCCUGGGCGACCUGGAGGUACUGGACCUCAAGUUCAAUUACUUCACUCAAGUCGGACCAGAAUGCAGGAAGUUAAUCGAGAAGAAAGUCCUGAACGUAACCAUGAAUUGCAUUCUAGACCUUCCUUGCCAAAGAAGCCCGGAGGAAUGCGAGGCUUUCUUCUCAAGGCGCUGUACCUGCCCGGACCCGAAAUGGCUCUACUACGUGCCUUGCGGCAUUUAUGUUUCUAAGGGCCCACCACAGACAUCCGAUCAUGUGCCCAAGCGGCCAAGGCCUCCAUCGCCGACAUAUGCUGCUUUAAAAGGGCCAGGCUCGUGAAUUUCGGUGUCGGCAGCCAGCCGCCUAAGUGCCUACCUUAUCAUUACGCCGUAAUAUUAAGUGUAUGUAUGUAUUUUGUUGUCAGAAGCUGGAGGAUAAAAUCUUCCUCCGUAAGCGAAAUUUUUUAUAAGUGUAUACACUAAACCAUCGCUGUCAUUAAUGCAUGGUUAAAGCCUAAGCCUAAGCCAACCAGCUUAUAUUCAUGUUACAAAGUUGAGGGUGCUUUAUGAAUACUACUGAUACG